GUUCACUCGGAGUAGCUGACUCGAUUUGCUCUUCAGCCACUUAUCAUCUCGUCUCUUCAUUCCCGAUUCAGUCACCCUCCUUAACUCUAGGGCCGCAACCCGGGCUCAUCGUGCAGAAUGAAUCCCGGUGGAAGCCGUCAGGGCCAGCGCUCCCAGGAGGAGCUUUUCCUGAAUACCACCUCGGGGCAGCUGCAGGCCGACUCACCCAUCAUUGAGCCAUUGCGGAUUGGCAAGCGAGACACGCCUUCCCCGGCUUCGUCGCACAGCGCCCCUCUGCCCUACCCCGACGAUAGACAGAGGCCUCAGCAAAUCCGUAGCUCAGGAUCCAGUGGCUCCAGUCCAGUCCCUCAAGGCGGAGUCCCCGGGGACUCUCCCACAAUUCCCAGUAGUAUGUCGGCGGGUUCCGGCGUAUCUCAUCACUCGGACUAUAUGGCAUCUCUGCGACUGCGUGAGCCCAAGCAAGCCACCCUAGCUGAACGACGCGGAAACGUUCCGAAGCCAUUGCCCGAAUCUCCAGCAGGGGACUCCCCGGACAGAGAAGGGCUGUUUUCCCGGUUCCAUCAACGCCUGCCGGCGCUCGCAGCUCCUGCAACAGGUGCCCAGUCCCAACCCACCGGAUACCCUGACCACCGCCAGCAGUAUUUCCCGCCUCCUCAAGCCUUCGCCAGACUAGCAGCUGCACAGAAUCUACAGCCACAGAAUGGCGCAAUUAAUCGGAUAAGUUCGACGGCGUCGAACUCGACCACUCGUGCUCAGCGCGGCUCUCCACCACCACCAGAAACGCCGGUGGUCGAGCCAGGGCAGCAUGCGACGUCCGACAUCGAAGCGCGGUAUGCGGCCUCGGGGAUUGCAGGCACUUCGACGUUAGCAGGCCUGCAGGUUCAGAGUGCGGCUGCUCAAAGAAGAGCCGAACAGUAUGCCGGUCAGCAGCCCAGAAAUCAACAGCCGGCACCUCCAGUCCCAAGGCCCUGGACACCGACGGAGCAGCCGGGGACCCAACCACAUGGGCCCCCCACGGUCUACCAAGGCGCCGGGGUUGUGUCUGAGGAAAACCCUCCGGCAAGCCCUCUGCCUACAGGGGUUUCCCCACAGACACAGUCAGCCCCCCAGCUCGGCAGGAUUCCCCCAAACGCACUUGAGCAGGACUUGGAAAGAAUGCGCAUAAGCUCCUCGCCUCCUCCAGCAUAUUCGAGUGUCCCAGGACCCGUUCUAUCACAAGGCUAUCCGAAUGAGAAACAGCGUGUUCCAGCAUCGACUGGCCAGUCCUCCUCGAUGGGGCAUCCGGCGACCGCCAGUCCGACGAAUGGUGCUACAGAGACGAAUGGCGCCGCAGUGACCAGUGUCCCAUUCGUAUCGGCUCAUGAUCACCCCGCAUUCGCAAACGAACCAAAGCAGCAGCAGCAGCAGGCGCAGAAACAGUCCCCGUCGCUGCAGCCGCAGCCGCAGCCGCAACCGCAACCGCAACCGCAACCGCAACAGCAGCCACAGGAGUCGAGACACUCCCCCCAAAAUGCUAUUCAAACUCCGCUUCAAAAUGAGAAUCAUCCAAUCUUGCAACAGACUAUCGUUAGCGCGCUACCAACCUCAUCGGCGCUUGCACCAUCCUCACCUCCGCCACUGCCGGAGGGCUGGAUUGCUCAUCUUGACCCGAACUCAGGCCAAUACUACUAUAUCCAUCUACCCACUCAGUCCACUCAGUGGGAGUUCCCUAAGGGGCCCACGCCUUUGAACCUGAACGAGACUCCGCUAUCCCCGGUAUGCAGCGUGUAUAGCAGCCAUCCUCUGGCGUCGCCCUCCUUAUCGACGUUCGCCAAGCCCUUGACGUCCCCUGGUCUUCCCUUGACACCGGGAUUUGAGAGCCUGCAGUCGCCAAUCGUGACAGGGUUCACUGGCCCCCCGCCGGUCAGUGGAAUUGACAUGUAUAAAGUGGCACCGACGAACGGAGUCUACUUUGGCCCGUAUCUCCGCUACGCCAACAUGGAUGUGGAGCGUGGUAUCUGGCUAGGCUCCAUUCUCUUGGUGACCGAUGCUGCCCAGCCUCCCACCAUCCACCUUCAUCAAAGCAUCGAUCUGUCUCCGAAUCCGCGCCAGCUGAAAGCCGUGCCCAUCGCUGUUCAUCAGCGGUGGACGUUCUAUAAGUACGAAAUUGAUCUACGAAUGGAGGAGACUGGCCCUGCCAAAUGGACUUACGCCAUUACCUCACACCUUGGUUGCACGCGCUACGAGUUUCUGGUUGCUGGACGAUACGAAACCGGCUGGCGCUUCAUCACCACUUCAGGAAACGAUUUUUCGCUGAAUGUGAACGCGAACGAGCGAUCCCGCCUGGGGGGGGUCGGGUUCAUGUGGAAAGAUAUCAUGCACAAACAUCUUGAAAUCGGAGGGUUUCAUGUCCAGCUGGGCCUGGGAGGUCAAAUCUACGCGGAUCGGAUGUGGAAGGAGGUUCCAUGCCUCAAACAGUGGCUGGCGAUGAGUGGAAAGGAAAUCCGGAAAAAGACGCCCUGGACCACCGCCCACGAAGAGGACGUGUCUCAUGCGUACUUCCAUUACUAUACGAGUCAUUUCGAUCAGCCGUAUCUGAGAGAAUCCUUUGCUCAGAUCCCCUAUGUUUGCCAGAUUGACGAUCAUGAUAUUUUCGAUGGCUUCGGCUCAUAUCCGGAGCAUAUGCAGUUUUCAAACAUGUUCAAGAACAUCGGACGCGUGGGGACGGAGAUGUACCUGCUUUUCCAGCACCAUACCACGCUGGACUUACUCCGCAAUUCUCGGACCGACCUCGAUCUGUUCACCAUCACCGGGACUGGUUGGCAUUUUGUCAAAUACCUGGGGCCCGCCGUGGUUGCCGUCGGCCUGGACUGUCGCUCGGAGCGCAAUCCGCACCAGGUCGUAGCUGGGCCAACCUAUCAAGGCAUAUUCCCCAAGAUUGCAAUGUUGCCUCCAACCGUCCAGCAUUGUUUGUGGAUGCUUUCGGUACCCAUCAUCUACCCGCGAUUAGAGACGGCAGAGCACAUUGCGCACACCGUUGCGACGGGAAAGAGGGCCGUCACAGGGGCAUACAAUGUACUCGGGAAAGUCACGAGCUCCGUGGCUGGCGUUGUUGGGGCCAAAGACAUGGUAGGGUCUGGAUUCGAUUCGGUCAAGCGUGCUGUAGGCAAAACCGGCCUCAUGGGCGGAAUCCUUAGCCCGUUUGGCGAGCUUGACCUCCUGGAUGAGCUCCGGGAUCAAUGGACUCAUGAAUCCAAGGACCUUGAGCGGACCUACCUCAUCCGUACCCUUCAGGGUAUUGCGCAUCAAAAGUCGCUGCGUAUGACGUUCCUCUCUGGCGCCGUCAAUGCCUGUGGUGCUGGGCUGGUGCAUGAUCCAUCGUUUCCAUCCAACCACAAAACCAUGUAUCAACUCAUCUCGUCCCCGGUGGUGAACAAUCCUCCCCCAUCAUAUGUCAUCAAACUUCUCCACAGCAGCAACAAGCCUCUGUAUGUUCCUGCGAAUGGCCAACGCUCGGCGCCUUCAAAACCAACCGACACCAAGGAGGACAUGCUGGAACUUUUCCAGUCCGAUGUGACAGGACAGCCCCGUGAGCACCGGAAGCUGAUGGGCCGUCGAAACUAUGUGGCCAUUGUUGCCUAUGAUCCGGAUGUCGUGAACACGAUGUAUGGCCACACGAUUGCAUCCCAGGGAAGUGGGAAGUUGAACCUUGCCGUCGACUUCAUGGUACAAGGCGAUGGGACCUUUGGCACGGUGGUAAAGUAUGGGCCUGUGAUUGUUCCUAGCUUGGAUCCGGGAAAGUGAAUGGCAAGGACGGAUGCUUGAGUGCCAUUUUGGAAUAUGUUAUGAAUUUUGAUGGGACUUUUUUUAGGGCAGUUUUUCUUUCUUUUUCUCUUUUUUCCCAUGUUUCUUUCUUCUUGUUUUUCUUUGUUUCUUACUUCUUCCUUCUCUCUGUCAUUCAACAUGUUCGUCUUAUCCCAACCAUUCAUGUACAAGCGCGUCGAUAUACCUAUCAAUUUGUUUCUUAGUUCUCUACAUGUCACU